UCGGCCGUUCGCUUCCGGUGUAGAUAUUGUGCAUGAAGUAAAACAUCUGUUGGAAAUUGGUUUAGACGAACUUUUCGCUCGAUUUAACGUUUUAAAAUGUCUCGGGGAUCAAGUGCAGGGUUCGAUCGACACAUCACCAUCUUUUCUCCUGAAGGAAGACUCUAUCAAGUGGAAUAUGCUUUUAAGGCCAUAAAUCAAGGAGGGCUCACAUCUGUCGCAGUCAGGGGGAAGGACUGUGCCGUUGUUGUAACACAGAAAAAAGUGCCGGACAAGCUUCUGGAUGCUUCCACAGUGACCCACCUCUUCAGAAUAACAGAUAAUAUUGGAUGUGUAAUGUCUGGAAUGACAGCUGACAGCAGGUCCCAAGUCCAGCGAGCUCGCUACGAGGCAGCCAACUGGCAGUACAAGUACGGCUAUGAGAUUCCAGUGGACAUGCUUUGCAAGAGAAUUGCUGAUAUCUCACAAGUCUACACACAGAAUGCUGAGAUGCGGCCACUGGGAUGCUGUAUGAUAGUGAUCGGCAUUGAUGAGGAGUACGGCCCACAGGUGUACAAAUGUGACCCAGCAGGGUACUACUGCGGCUUCAAGGCCACCGCCGCCGGAGUCAAGCAGACAGAAGCCACCAGCUUUCUGGAAAAGAAAGUGAAAAAGAAACUAGACUGGACCUUUGAACAAACUGUUGAGACGGCGAUCUCAUGUUUGUCUACUGUCCUCUCCAUUGACUUCAAGCCCUCAGAGCUGGAAGUGGGUGUUGUCACAACACAGGACCCCAAAUUCAGGAUUCUGGCGGAGACUGAAGUGGAUGCCCACCUGAUGUCUCUGGCGGAGCGGGACUGAGCGAGCAGCGGCGUCUGUGGUUCCAUCACCUGAGAGCGAGAUGGAAGAAGCUGGUGUUAUCUUUGUUUGCUGUAUAUUUACCCCACUGUUUGAUUCAACAAUUAAAAAAAAAAAAAAGUUUUUGGAGAAAAA